UUACUUAUUGCAAAACGUUUUCCUCUUCUAGGCGGUCAGGAUGGAGCAGCUACAGCCGCUGAUGCAAACAAGGCUACAACAGGUGCUCCCAAGGCUGGGGAUAAUUCAAGCACAUCGCCUGCACCAAGCGCAGCAAGUGCAGGAAACCACAAUUUCAAUGAUGUUUUAUUUGAUUGCGAAAAUCGGACUAACUGGCAUCAAGUCAACUACCUUGUAAAUCCAAGACAAACAUAUAUGCUAUCUUGGCUCCGCAUGCUGUUUCUGGAUCAUCCAACUAAUUCGCAAUUCUGA